AUGGUGGUCGAGAGUCGGUCAAGAGACUUCCCAGUGGAGUGGACUCAGGAGACCUUCUCCGCUCCCAACAAACCAGAUGACAACAGACGUGUUCACGACCGUGUGACAAAGAUGGCCGCUGAUCACCACGAUGCUGCUGCACAAUCUGCUAGUUUAAGUGAGGUGAGAACCACUCUCUUGAGGUAGCUAACCGUCUGUAAUUUGUAAAUAACUCACAAUUCGUAAAACGGCUGUUCUGGAAAAAAUAUGAACUGUGAACUAAAGCUACACAGCAAAGGAUUUUACCCACAAAUUUUGGGGGCCGUUACUGUGCUUAAAUUUCUCCAGAAGCUUGCUUUAGUUUUCUAAAUAUUUGUGGGCAAUUUUUUCCCUGCAACAUUUUUACAGACAAAUGUAUAGAAAAUUUUAAAAAAGGUUCUAGGUCUUCUAGCGCAUGUAACACCCUCCAUUUUUUUCAGAUGAAUCCUUAAGAGUGAAGCUUUGGUUUACAGUUCAUAUAUUUUUUAAAACAGCCGUUUUAUGGAAUUUAUUCGACAUUAGAUUCUCAUACAAACACUGUAAUUUCUCACGGGUUUGCCUACUCGUCAAGAUGGCAUCGAAAACCAUGACAAGGUCUACAGAUGCAACAUCAAACCAGUUCUGGCUGCAGUGAUCCAGCCGAUGAACUAUGUUCUUAAUUAUACAAAUGAACAUAAGAAAUAAUGUUAUGCCAUCGCCUCCAUAUAUGGGCAACUCCGAUCUGUUGUCUACCUGUCCUUUCAUCCACUGACUGUAACUAUGCCUCCUAUCUUCCACGAGCGUUUCAGGUGGGCAACGUACAUACGGCAAUCAGUUUUUAUUCAAGGCAGUGAGAUAUGUAAAUAAAUAUGCGCAUCCAAAAAUGGCAGCAGCGCAUUUCUGUGCAUUACUGGUGUUGCAAAAAGAUUCAAUCAAUAAAACUCCUUUAACGUCCUUUGUUGUUGUUUGAUUGUUGCUUGUUGUAUGCCAGGGAAAAUUUUAAAAAAAUUAAAAAUGUCUUCACGAAAAUGCUACGUGUGUAGUUGCAAGUCAUCUCCUCGCUGGUUCAAAGUUUCAGAGGAGCUUCACGAAGACGUAUAUGCAUGUUUUACCAUUAAAGAGACAGUAGUACUUGGUGAUGAAUCGUUACAUUUUGUGCUUCGUGUCGGCGCAAUUUGACUCGGUGGCGAGAAAGUAGACCGACAUAUGGCAAAUACUUCAAGAUAGCGAACUCAAGGGGAAAACCUUUUCUAAACAACGCACACAUAGCUUGACAAAACCGAAAGCUUGCACUGUUCAGGAGGAAUUUGUCCGAAAUCCCCUCACUUUUUCAGUUACCAGAGGAUGUUUCUUUUUUGCAGGCUGCUGCUUUUUUUGACGUUUCAGAUAUCUUGAGGUUGAGACAAACAUGCAGCCACGCAAACCAAAUUAUUUGCAUGUCCAACUUUCUGUGGAAACUAUUGUUGAAACGUGAUUUUCCCGACAAAAUCAUCACAAUGAAUCAGUUCUGUCAAACUCAUCGUUAGCCUACAAACUUUUCUAUUUGUUUAAACUUUCGACAGAACGUAAUCGUACACUGUUGUUUGACUUUGUCGACAAGUUGGAGGCGAAGGGAAAUAAACUUUUGGAGGAAAAUGCAGAGCUUAAGCAUCAAUUAAACAACCUGCAUGUACAACUUCAGAGCCUCCAAAAUGAUCCGGAUCCAACAAUGCCGGUCACCAAACUUGAAGAGCAGGUGCAUUACAUUACAUAUUUUCACUUUUUUUUUCUUCACAAAUGAAGUUGAACGUUAUUUACUCGGCUCAUAUUGGGUGAACAAUAUCAACAAGAUACUAUUAAACUGAGGUAAAUAUGGAACCCCUACUUGUUUCUCAAAUUAAACGCCCACAAAAUAAUGGUAUACAACAUUCAUGGAUUUAUGCAUUUUACUGUUUCCUCUACGGUCCGUAUACCACUUUGUCAAACACAAAAGAUUGAAAGUAAUAUAAAUUUUUAAUAAUAUAUAGAUUUGGCCAGGCUGAAUAAUAUUUAUAGUUUGUUAAAACAAAAUAUAAAAUCAUGUACUGCUAAACGGCGAAAGCAAUGACGGAGAACGGUGAAAAACAACAAUAGGUCUAAUUAGCAAAAAAGCAACUUUGCACAUGCAGCACACUUUUUUUGUAAAUUUCUUUGCCGUUGUUUUGCACAACUACAACGUGAAACUUCCAGAAACUUCUUAGUUACACGUUUUAUGGAGGAAAUGUACGUUUUCUCGUUAACUUUUUUUUCACUGCCGCUCAUUUUCACUUUGCAUUGGUGGCCGCCAGCAUUUCUCAUUUUGUCACCGCCGUUACAAAAUUUUCACGUUGUUCUUCCAACAGAAAAAUGUCUCCUUUGUUUUCUAUCUCUCACUCUAGAUUUGUCACCCUUUUUGUUGUUGAGCUUCGCUGGCCUCCCGCCUACUUUCUCUUUUUCUCUGUGUUUCUCUUGCUCUAUAUUCCAAAUCUGUGGACAUGACAACUAAUCUAAGCUUAAUACUUUCGAAAACACGGAUACAGAGACAAUUUCCGCUUUCCGUUUUCGUCUUCAUUGACUCUCUAGUUGUCUCUGCCUUACAAGACGCGGGUGGCUAUGCAAUUUCCCGUCAAAAUAACCUCGAGUUGCAUUUGGGUUGCCAUACUUUUUGAUUGAGGUAUUUUACAUUGGUAUGCCUGUGGUGUGGACGGACGGUUGGUGUACGGUCACGUGAUUACCAAAUUUUCUCGGAUGGAUAGUUUACCAUAUUUUCUUACCCAUGGUGCUCCGCUCCGCGCGCUUUGCCCACGAGAUCUCUGCUAUUAAUUUUUAUAACUAUUGUUUAUAGACUAAGAGGAGAUUUCUAGAAGAGGCCUAAAAAAUGAAAAACGUAGCACACCCUCUACAUAUUUGGUCUGACAUCACAAAAUGAUAGGGCAAUACUCAUAGAACAUUUUUAGGUAUGAUGUAGUGAUGUACGGGUGGGACGUCAUUGUGCUUGGGGCUCAUUUGUGACUGCUAGUAAGGCCCCUGUGAUUUAAGCAUAUUUUUAGUAUCAUUAUUUUAUACAAGUUCAACUCGACAUUACUCCCCUCAAGUUAAGCCUAGACAGUUCUAAAUUAUUAGUUCAAGCAUUACUGGUGUGAAUAUCUUUUAUUUUAAUGUGUAAAACUUCUUAACCAGGUCUCCAUGAUAACCGUUGCUAUGGUAAUUUUUAAUUAAGGCUAUUUAAGCGAUAAUUAGCAUUACAAUGUACAUUCUUUUGAAUAAUGACCAGACUUAUCACUUCUUUAUCCAUCAACUUAAGUUAAUCAAACAAAACAGUAUUUGUGACAUCAAAAUAUUAUUUUCCAAAACUCGGCAUCUACCCAGUAAUUAUAUCUCUACCACUUUUUUUAUCAAAUUCCCUUAGCAAGAGACUCAAUUGAAAAUUUUUGUCUGAAUCAAUAUAGAUUCUCAGCAAAAACUACCUCUAAUUGCCCGAUGCAAGUGUCUUUUUUACUUUUAUAAUAACGUUUGCGAUUCUUACUAAAUUGAAAACUUCCCAGAGUGCAAAGGGAGUAAGGCUCCCACAAUGCAAUUGGUACUUACAGACUGUUUAGUUCAGCCAUAUUGGAUUUUGGUUCGAUGUUGUUUUCUUUCACAGUUUCAGUUUAGGAGUAGUUUUAUGUUGUUAAGAGCAAUUUAUCUGAAGAUGUGCACAAAUCAGAGAGCAAAUUUCCACUUUUAUGUUGAAAAUUACGAAUAUUUAAACGUGUGGCUAGCGAAGGACUGACCAUGUGCAAAGGUUUUGGUUUGUAAGCGCAUCCCUUUCCAUUAUUUACUCGGUAUGCCUAUCGAUAGAGUGCCAACGAGCAAGUCAUGCGUAUUUUGCACAGGAAUGGAUUCCUUUUAUCCAACAUUUGACAGUUUCUUGGUCCCUUCCUGUUGAAAGGAUUAUUUUCUUGAAACUAAGGUGCUAUGCAAGUAGAAAGGUUCAGAGAAGAGUCAGUUCUCAGACUCCAUUGGCUUUACGAACCUGCUAUAUAAAAGUUUAAAGUGUCAUUAGGCAUAUUUUUUUGAAAUUAUAAAACAGCUUGCAGAGGAAGCGAUCGGUAAUAUUUAGGGGGGAAUAUCAAAAAUGAUCGUUUCUCUCACCACUACAAAAUUAGUCUCGGUUCGGUUUCACUCUGUAGAUAAAUAUUUGUGCAGUUUAAUUAUUUAAACCUCCUCUGAAAUUUCCGGAGGCUUUUUGUUUCCCGAUUGAAUUUUAAAAUGAUUCGCUGCGCUGCUUGAAAUAUUUUCAAGGACAUGCGAUGUACGACAUGUACGGCACGUCGGUAUUUUGUUUUCACUUUAUUAUAAACUCGGACAGGUUUGGAAAAAAAUAGUGUUGUUUUCUUUUCCUUUGUCGUUCGCUUUAAGCUUGUAAUGCUUUCUUAUUCUUGCUUUUCCAUUUGCUGGUUAGAUUUUUUUCCCCGACAUCAGAUUUUCCAACAGAAGCGACUAUAUAUACUUCGUAUCAAGCUUUCCUUAUCUCUUCGUGUAAUCUGAUCCUUUUUAGUGGUGAGAAUUGCUUGUUUCACAUGGAAAACUUUUCCUUGCUUAAACUGUUGUUUUAUAACCUUCUCUUUGUUAAAACCUUACAUUAAUGCCCCCCAACAUUGAUACAAUGCAUCAAGUUUUCAUUUUCCUUGACUGCCGGGGCCAUAUUUAGGUGAAUUAACAAUAAAAGCGUACCACACUCAAGUUCAGUCUUAGCGUGACGCCGAGGAAAGAACACAUGUGUGCCAAGUAUAGUUUACCACGUUUUGAUUGGCACUUGGUCUCAGGGGAAUCUACAUUACAUGAGGUUACACUUUUUGAAGCUCGAUCGAGAAUUUUUCUGCCUACAGCCCAGUCUUGCGCGGCUCUAUUCUGCUGCCGCCUCGCCAUCCGAGCGUCUUCGCUCGGAUGGCUCGUUGGCAAUAAGUAAUACUGUUUUGUUAAGGAAAUCUAUCUAGUUACGUACAAAUUAUUGACAAUGAAACACGUUCUGUAAAAGUUUUUAUCAGUAAUUUUGGUUUGCUGAGAACAAUUUAUCUGAAACUGUACACAAAUAUAUAGAGAAAAUCUCCAAUUUUAUCUUGAAAAGUGCAUAUAUUCAAACAUAUGGCCAGGAAACAACUAACUACGUAGGACAUGUUUUCUUUUUUGAAUUCAGAAGUUAAUCACUGCUAAUUUUAGGAAAGCAGGUUUCCUGAUCAGAGGAAAGAAUCUAUGAUUCCUUUUUACUUUUUCUUAAGAUGAUUGGUAAUGGCUAGUUGUACUGAAAGCAGUGAGGAAGAAAGCGAAGUGAGGCUUCUGCCUCCAAAAAAAAGCCCAAAUCAGAGUAACAGCAAUACACAUUGGAGUUUCGGUAUUUAAACUAUGGCGUUCACUAUCCCCCAAAAUUCAAUUUCUGAAUUUUGAUCCUAAUUUUAGCAUUCCAUAUUGCAGUUUUAAAGUUUAUACUUAAAUUAUGCAAUGGAAAGUUCAAGUCCUCAAUUUUUUCAUUCCUCUAUUCGAUUUGAAAACUAUCUUCAAAACCAAAGCUAGUGCCAUUUUGGUGUCAAAAUCUGUUUUCAGAUUUCACCUAUAAAAUGUCUUAUUGGCAGUUGUUACCGUGAAAACAUUGUUCAGAUUUUGUCAAGAUAGUGAAAGAUUAUUGUGAGCAAAAAGAGAAAAUAAAGGAACAAGUUUUGACCAUAAUCACUGUAGUAAACAGCAGUUGUUAAGGGAGAGAUGAGUUAUUUUGAAAAUUGAAUAGCUUUAAAUUCAAAAGUAUUGUUUUGUUUGAUUAACUUAAGAUGAUGGAUAAAGAAGUGAAAAGUUUGGUCGUUAUUCUAAAGAAUCUAAUGCUAAUUAUUGCUUAAAUACCCUUAAUUAAAAAUGACCAUAGCAACGGUUACCAUGGAAACCUCGUUAACUUGUUUCCCACAUAAAUAUAAAAUAUAUUCACACCAGUAAUGCUUGAGCCAAUUUAAAAUUGUCUACGCUUAACUUUAGGGGAGUAAUGUCGAGUUGAACAUGUAUAAAAUAAUGAUACUAAAGAUAUGCUUAAAUCACAGGGACCUUACCAGCAGUCACAAAUGAGCCCCAAGCACAACGACGUCCCACCAGUACAUCAGUACAUCAUACCUAAAAAUGUUCUAUGGGUAUUGCCCUACCAUUUUGUGAUGUCAGACCAAAUAUGUAGAGGGUGCUACGUCUCGAUUUUUUCAGUGUUCUACCUCCUAGACUAUUAAAUAAAAUCUGUUUACGUCAAACAGGUAUUUUUGAACAAUCUCAAAAAGACGACCACGCAAAGUCACACAGGCUUUGCCUAUGCCCACCAAGAGAGAGGGAAACCUAUAAAGCUUCUAAAAGUAAAUCAGCCUCAAAUUGAUAGUUCUGCUACCUCUUCGAGCACACUGAAUAAGAGGAGCCAGAUCAUUUAAAAACUUGCAGAAAAUCUGUCAGCACCAAGUACAUCCAUGGCACAAGAUGACAUCAUUCAUCAAACAGCAAAUUCUGUAAGAAGAAAACCAGAACAGUUUAUCAGUUCAUUUAAAGAAGGCGGACUUAAUGUAAUACAGUAAUUUACUUUGAAGCAGGUAAAACCUACAGCAAAAUGAGUGAUCAUCUUCUUAAUCAUCCAAUGACAUUACAAAUAUUAUAUCCCCUACUAUUCCCACAAAAUUUACAAAAUGGUAUCACUCGUAGCACAGAUCAACUACAUUGCACAUCAUAUCUACACCAAUAAGAAAACAUCUGAGAGACACAAAAGAAGAUCCAUUUCAAUGACUUCAAAAGCAGAGAUAACACUACUUCUUCUACACUACAAGGCUAUGCUCUACGGAAAAUCAGAGGGAGUCCUGUUCUCUGAAACUGUAAAAUCUAGCAUUCCCAGCAUGUCAUUUGAUGAAAAAACUAAGAUUUCCUGGUCGUCCAAGAACAAACGUUAGGCGCCAGGGGCCACUGGGCUCUACUAAAACACAGGCCUAUGUGUUUUUGGUUCAAAUAAAGAAACAGUAAUUUGCUUUCAGGUUGUUAUGCCAAUAGAAAUAAUAACGACACUUAAAAAAACAUAAUAGACAUUUUAAAGAUGCCAUUUUGUUUAAAUUUAAGAUUGAAGUUUCAAAAGUUUCUCAGUGAAUAAUUGCAAUAUAAUUAUCGUUUUUACAAAAGAUGGUCUGGUUGGUUAGCUAGAACCUUACCUCUAGCUUUUGUAUAACAAGUGACUAGUACUUUCAAGAAACAGGCCCCAUGUCAUCAAUAGCAAGGAUUUAAUCACUGCUAAUGCACUCUACUGAUUUAAUAGUUCCCAUGGAGAAUGGAUAAAUAAUAUUUAAGUUAACAUUUUUUAACUUAGGUUGACUCUCUAUUUCCUUUGUCGCCUUUCCCAGAUUAUUUAUGAAUUAGGGCUAGAAGACAAAGGAAAUUGAGAAUCAACCUAAGUUAAAAUUUUACCCUCAAUUUAAUAUUGAUCUGUAACAUGAUAAAAAGAAAUAUUUUAUUAUUUGCUUCUAGGUUGCAGAACUUAAAGUACAGAUGCCAAUAGAAAUGCUCCAAAUGAUUAAAAGAACCUUUAAAGAUGCUCUUGGUAAAUACGUCUAUCUACAGUAUGUCAAUAAUCGAUAACUUUAGAGUGUCUGAGUAUCAGCAUUCACAGUAACAUAAAAAAGUUACAAAAACUGCCACAGACAGGCUAUACACAGUGCAGGAGCCCAGAUACAAAAAAUGACACAGAAACAUUCACACAAUGCUUUCAGUUUCUGGCACAGGACUUUAGAACGCCUUAAAAGUACAUGUAUUUGCAAAUAAAUAGGCUCUUUGCACUUUUCUGUCUGCUUCACUUAUUUUGGGACCAUUUUUUCGUAUUCCCCCUGUGAAGUUUGUAAAUAAGUACAAAUUAUCUCAGAUAUUUCAAACUGGCCCUCCAAAACUGACAUAAACAGUUUAAAGGUGCAUGGAAUAAGGCCAUGAAUGACUUCUGAUCUAAUUUCAAAUUUUCCGUUUCAUAUGAAUUAAGCAACUGAUCAGAAGUCACUUGGAGCUUCUCUUAAUACAAUCCUUCAUUAUUUUUUUUCUGGACUUAAUGCAUGUACAAUGCCCUGGGCUUUCAGACCCAACAUAACUCUGUUACGGUUACCUUCUUCUAUUUGUAGGAUAUGACAUAUUUGGUCCAGAGAGGGAGAUACGGAACCAUCUGAAAUCAAUGAAGUUUGAAUAUGAAUGUGGUAAUUUCAAAAGUUCCUCAAGCAAGACAGUGUCCUUUCUCAGAGUGGUCAACAUCGCAGAUGCCAUCAAAAAGUCUGUUCAUCAACUAAAUGCAAGUGGCCUGCUGGUCAAGAAAAGCAAUGUUCCAGACAAUGUUCUAUAGAUUCUUGUCUCAAGUGAUAAAUACCUCUUAUUAGCCGAGUUUUCGGUCCGUACGAUAAAUUACGGACUGAGUUUUUUUCCAUCGAUUUAUGGCCCAGGCGCGAAGUGCGUGGGCCAUAAAUCGAUGGAAAAAACGAGGAUCCGUAUUUUACAGAACGAACCGAAAAAACGAGGCUAAUAAGAUGCUUAUUAUAUGACUUCUUCCUGUUUGGGGGACCGGAAACAAGUGCAGGACGCGCGAUUUGACAGUCAUUUGACAGGUGUCAAAAAAGAAAGUUUUUAUUGGUGCACGAAAACAAUAGCACAUACCAAAGGCUUUCCGAGAAAGUAAAAACAAAUUCGCCAUGUUAAGAAAGUUUAUUCGGUCAAAACUAAGAGCACUGUAAGUUUUAGCUCUUUCACAUAACGCUGGAGUAUUUUGGAAACCAGACACUGUGUCUAGAAGUCGUUUCCAUCUUUCCACCAUUUGUCCUUGUGAAAAAAAAACACUGCAAAAGCUAAAGAAGCUUUUCAAGGUAAGUUUGUUGUCAUUGUCAAAGGAUUCGCUCGUUAAUUGUUUUUGGAAGAAUCUCUCUUUUUGCCAGUUCAUUCUCGUCUUCAAUUGUGAUCUGCGUUAAAAUUUUCAAACACUGACUACAAUUCUCUUCCUCGGUAAGCUUACGAUUCAGUUUCUACAACAGCUUCGUUCUCAUUAAAACAAAGCUAGGUUAAAAUUUGGAAAGGCAAAGUCAACAUCCCAGUCCUCAGGGUUUACAUACAUAUUUCAAAGUUUAUUCGGUGAAAACUAAGGGCACUGUAAGUAUUCACUCGUUAAUGUGACGCUAGUCUUUUGAAAACUGGACAUUAUUGUGUCUGGCUCAAACUCGCUUCUAUCUUCUUUCGUUGGUCUUUGAAAAAACAGUGCAAAAUAGCAAAGAAGCUAGUCAAGAUGAUCGGGUGCAGGUAUGUUUGUUAUCAUAUUUGUUGAAGGAAUUACUCAUUUUCUCUUAGGCACAUCUCGAAUCUCUGCCAGUCGAUUUGCGUCUUCUUAACUGUGUACUACGAUAAAAUUUUCAAACACUGACUAGAAUCCUCUUCGAUAAGAUUACGAGUUACUUUCUUCAUCGCCUUCGUUCACAAAUAAACACAGUUUAAAAUAUUGAAAGCCAAAGUCAGCAUCCAAGUCCUCAAGGACGACAGGCAUCUUAUAACUUUAUUCAAACAUUUUUUCCGAGGUAAAGAGAUUUAGACCUCCGAAAUGAGCAUUUGCUUUAAAAAUUUUGGUCCGUAUAGCAAGUUAUGGACCGCAAAUUGACCAAUCGCAUGGCAAAAACAGACUCAGCCACAUAAUAAGGGAGGGAAGUCUACCAAAUUACUCUUGUAA